AUGUCCUCGAAUGCGCUGGCCUGUAUCUGCAAUGUGAUUAAUCCGUGUCGAAACGAGGUGUCCACAACCUUUGUGGUGCUGCAGUGGCUCAUCACCGGCUUUGCAGCCCUCGCCCAGGUGGUGCGACCCGUACUCCUCCUCUUUGGCAUUCGCGGUGAAGUGGCUCUGAGUCAAGAGGAUUACAACAAGACCUGGAUCUAUAUGCCCAAUGGCGAGGGCAAGCCGGAGGUGGCCUACCUGGUGGAACCGCCGCCGGAGAAUCGCAUUAAUCUGCCGCAGCUCAUCAAGUUUGAACUCUACGGAAGCGAGUCCAGUUCCAGUGCCGAUUUCUGGAUAGACGACGACAACUUUGAGUUCCCGCAGCGCCACAAGCGCGACACAUGGCAGGAGAUGGCCGAAAAGUUUAAUCCGGAUCUGGAUACUAAGAUCCUUGUUCACGGCUGGAAGUCCAGCACCAUGAGUAACUCCAUCCAAUCGAUACGCGGCGCCUACAUCGAACGGGGCCAGGUGAACGUGUUCGCCAUUAACUGGAAGGAUCAGGCGGAUAAUAUAUACUACUUGACCCCGGCUCGAUACACGGUCCAAGUGGGCAGAGCAGUGGCCAAGCUUAUCGAUCUCCUGGUGGAGGAGAAGGACGCUGAUCCUCAGAGGAUACACCUUAUAGGCCACAGUCUUGGUGCUCAUAUUAUGGGCUAUGCUGGCUCUUAUACGAAAUACAGGGUUAAUCGCAUCACUGGCUUGGAUCCGGCUCGACCCGCCUUCGAGGAUUGCAUUGGCCCGGAAAAUCACCUGGACGACACGGAUGCCAACUUUGUGGAUGUCAUACACAGUUGUGCUGGAUACCUGGGUUUCCGUCGACCGAUCGGAAUGGUGGAUUUCUAUCCCAAUGGCGGGGGACCACCGCAGCCGGGCUGUAAGGAGCUAUCGCAGAUUUUUACUGGUUGUAGUCACGGACGUUCCUAUGAAUAUUAUGCGGAAUCCAUCAACUCGCCCAAGGGCUUCUAUGGCGUUCCCUGCUCUGGCUUGGAUGAACUCAAAGGCAAAAACUGCACGGGAGCUAAAAUCCUAAUGGGUGAUCCUGUUCCCCGGGAAGCUCGAGGCAUUUUCCUUGUGAAAACGGCCAACAAGCCGAGCUAUGCUCUGGGCAUCGAUGACAUCUGGAGUAACUGACCAACACAAGCUCUUUAAAUAUC